UCGUACGAAAUGACACUAGCUCACCGCUUACCAAUUAAGUCAAUGUGAUAUGACCAAUCUCCGUCAAAAUCCCAUGCUUUGUAAACAUUCUGCGACCUUAUCAUCCCACAUUUUGUUUUCACAAUUCAAUAAUUAAUUCACAGCUCUCUUCUAGAUAUAUCAAGAUAAUUAUGGCACCUUCUCUCGAAGAAAGGCCAGAGGCUGUUCAAGACGUUCUCUCAAAUCCUCUAAAAAACGCUCCCAAGCUUGUCGCCCCGGAACCUGAACAUUGUCCUGGUCCAGAAUCCGAAGCUGCAGGAAAGGCAGACUCUUGCGCCGGCUGUCCCAACCAAGCAAUUUGUGCCUCUGCGCCCAAAGGCCCCGAUCCAGAUAUCCCAGCUAUAACUGCACGUCUCGCAGGAAUUAAACAUAAAGUCUUAAUUCUAUCGGGUAAAGGUGGCGUGGGAAAAAGUACAUUCACCAGUUUACUCGCGCAUGCAUUCGCUACAAAUGAGGAUAAUACAGUGGGAAUCAUGGAUACCGAUAUCUGCGGGCCAAGCAUACCAAAGAUGAUGGGAGUAGAGACGGAACAAAUACAUGUUAGUGGUGCUGGUUGGAGUCCAGUGUGGGUUAUGGAGAAUCUGGGUGUUAUGAGUGUACAAUUUAUGUUACCAAAUCGAGACGAUGCCGUGAUAUGGAGAGGACCAAAGAAAAAUGGAUUGAUAAAACAGUUUUUGAAGGAUGUGGAGUGGGGAGAGAUGGAUUUUUUAUUGGUGGACACACCUCCGGGAACAAGUGAUGAGCAUUUGAGUGUGAACUCGUUUCUUAAGGAAAGUGGGGUGGAUGGAGCUUUAGUAGUUACAACACCACAGGAAGUUUCACUGUUAGAUGUCAGAAAGGAAAUCGACUUUUGUCGGAAGGCGGGAAUUAAGGUAUUAGGGAUUGUGGAGAAUAUGUCAGGAUUCGUCUGCCCGAAAUGCACACACGAAAGUCAAAUAUUCCAAGCUACAACUGGAGGCGCAAGAGCUUUGGCUAAAGAGAUGAAUAUCCCAUUUCUAGGAGCCGUACCACUAGACCCUCGAAUUGGGAUGUCGUGCGAUUACGGUGAAAGUUUUUUCGAUGCCUGGCCUGAUAGUCCAGCUUGUACUGCGUUGAAGACAGUUGUUAGAAGACUUGGUGAGGAGAUUGGAAUGGAUCCUAAGAGCAUUCUGCCUGAUGAUUGAAAGGUCUUCUGCAGAGACAAGUCCUUCACAGAUCAUCGAAUAACAUGAUUCGGCCGGCACAGCGUGAUCCACGUCCGCUCUGCGACACGCAGCUUCCUGUUAUAUUCAGCCGGUGUCUUGAUCUAUGCAUAUCACGAUAAAAUUAGUUCUUUGGCCUUGCCACGACUUGAAUUUACGAAAGAGAGCAAGCAGACAUCGAUAGAUAUUGAUAUAUAUCAAGACAAACAAUAUAGAAAAUUUGAGCCAAGCAUGAGAUUCAA